UCAAUGUCACCACUUUCAGUAAAAGAUGAACUGAGUUUAUAUUCGAUUGGUUGCAUAAUCAUGUGUAAUCAACGUAUGCAAUAUUACGUCACUUUCACACGAUCGGAGUAAAACGACACGUGCAGAGGGGCGUCUCACACUGCGCGUCGAUUCGCUCUUCUGUAAUGAACGUAUGUCGUGCAAGCGCGCGUUCACGAGUCGUACAAAUAGCGAAGACUCCUAAACGAUCGUGAUCAGUGAAGUGAUACACAACGAUGGAGAACAGAUCGGUUAGCCAUUCCGUCGAAGACAAGGUAAAGCAAAUCCAAGCUUAUCUAAGAAAGUACGAGAACGAUGACAAAUUGGUGAUUUUGGAGGCUGUGGACAGGCCGGGGUCGAAACCUGGAGACAAUUACACGUCGGUGCUAAUCAAAACGAAACUCGUCGGUAGACGCGGGGACGGAAGUCCGUAUAUCAAGAAUAUUAUUACAAAAAGUAUCGUCCAAAGGCGCGCAAUCUCUGAAUUAAUCGAUCUCUACGCUCUAUUCCGUAUGGAGACACAUGCCUAUCGAAAAAUAUUGCCCGUCCUUGGAUCUUUUGGUCCUCGAUGUAUAUAUGCCGACAGAGAGAAUAUAAUAAUGGAAGAUCUAGCGGAGAAGGGGUACGUCAACUGCGAGAGACGCAACUUUCUGGACUUGGAUCACACUGUCUUUAUCUUGAAGAAACUUGCCAAAUUACACGCAUCCGCUUUAGCGGUAAAAAUCAAUGAUCCGCAGUUGUUCGAUGAAUUAACCGAGUCUUUGGAAGAGGUGGUUUACAACGACAUUUCCGAAACAUCGGUAAUGAGAUCGUGUACCGAAAUGUGUAUAAAGUCGGCGGUGAAAUCUUUAGAAGUAAUAGAACCGCGAACGCAGGAGCUGCAAGCUAUCAUAGACCACAUUGCCAGUUACGUUGACAAAACUUACGACACAAUAUAUCGAAUGUUCAAUGCGCCGAAGCAGAAAUAUCACACAAUCUGCCAUGGCGAUCCGUGGAUUAAUAAUAUGAUGUUUUUGCACGAUAACGAAGGCAAGAUAAUCGAUCUGAAAAUGGUGGAUUAUCAGAUAUAUAGACACACCUCGGUGUCCACCGAUAUCCAUUACUUGAUAUACACCAGUGUGCAAUCGUCGUUGAUCGAGAAAAGCUACGAGAGUCUCAUUAGGAUUUAUCAUAGUGAGUUUCUCAAGGAGCUCCGUCGAUUAAACGUAGACGAGAAGAUCCUGGCGGGACUCGAUCGGGAAUGGCUGGAGACGGAGCUGCGAGCUUACGCGUUUUACGGAGGGCUCACUGGGUGUUUCAUGGUAAAUCCGAUAUUGGCGGAAGAGGAGGAUGUGAUACAAUAUGAAAAUAUGGAAUUCGGCCCAGAUAAUCCACUGUGGAGCACCGAUAUAAGCGUAAUGAAUGUAAGUCAGAAGAAACUCGAUCGAGUCAAAUGCAUCGCGUCCCACUAUUACAGAAGAUAUAGCUUAGGUAUUAUUAACGAUGACCUUGAACCAAUUUCUAUUACGACAUAGUAGAUACGCUAAAAAUAGAUACGAAAUAGAAGAUUGCUCGUAACAGUCGGUGUUAUAAUGAACAAGCAUAAACUCUGAUGUUUAUGAUGCACCGAAAUGAAAAAGAGCACUAUUAUAUAGCAUUAUCUCUUUUCUCGUGUUAUAUAUUGUAUAUACACGAAUAGGAUUCGAGUUGCAUCUGUAUAGUAAAUAUAGCAAUUUCGAAUAUAGUUAUUUUAAAGUCCUUCAACGCGGAAUAUAUAUUUUUCUUACGAUUGUAUGUUUUGAAUUCCAUCAUAAAUCGUACAAUAUAUUUAAAGUGAAACGUAUAAUUAACUUUAACAUCAAUCAAAUAUGGAUUUGUUAUUGUUUAAGAAAUAGCCUUAAAUUUAAACCGCACACACAUUUUAUACCGGAGUAUCCCAAUUAUAUAUAUAUAACUGCAAUUAUAUAUAUAUAUAUAUAUUUCCGACAUUGAAUAAUUUUUGUAAUAUAUAUUGUACAAAAAUAGCUUAAAAAACUGUUUUAUUGUAAUGACAUGUUAUCUACGAAAUAUAUUGCUUGCAUUAAUAAAA